CGCCUUGUUGUGAUGCAACUCGCAAUCUAGUAUUGUUUGAACGUUGGUCGUAAAGCAGGUUCAACCGUCGUUUUUACGACAACGCUGUGACGUGAUUGUCGUAAUUUAAGAUGUGUGGGUAAAAGGGGGUUUAGCUUUAAGCAGUAUUUUUAAAAUGCUUUAAAAAACUCUCAUUUCAUUUCCUAUUACACGCCUAUUGCAUGAUUUAAUGUAAGGGAAUAAUGCUGUGAUUGAUUUUAGCACAGACGUCAAUUUAAAGGCAUAUAGCCAGCGCUAAAUCACUGAAUAGCCAUGUAACUAGCUAACUAAUUCUGCACAUCACGGAUAGCUUUAGCUUAACGUUAACCUAUCAACAGAGACUUUUGCGUUUAUCUUUUAGCCUGAAGUGUUUGGCACUGAAAGCUCACUCACUGUAAAAUGUCAGCUCAGAAGGACUGCGAGUUUUUGGUGAAAAGAGCCCGGGAGCUGGUCUCAGAUGAUCCCUGUGCAGCGAAAGCCUGGCUCAUAACUGCACGAACCCUUUACCCUGCUGAUUUCAACAUACAGUAUGAAAUGUACAUAAUUGAACGCAAUGCAGAGAGGACCGCUUCUGCAGGGAGGCUGCUGUAUGACAUGUUCAUCAACUUUCCAGAUCAGUCUAUUGUUUGGCGAGAGAUCAGUGUUAUUACUGCUGCCCUGCGGAGUGACUCUCAGGACAAACAUGCACAGUUUUUACGAGGUCUUUUUGAGACACUUCCUGGUCGAGUGCAGUGUGAGAUGCUACUCAAAGCCACAGAGCAGUGUUUCAACACAUUGGAGAAAGCAGAGAUGCUGCUCCUCCUGCUUAAACGCUUUCCAGAGUCUGUGGUCCAACAUGGCGUAAACCUAGGUGAAACCUUGUUAGAGGCGGAGGCUUCAGAGAAUGUGGAGACACCUGUUAACUGCUUCAGAAAGCUUUUUGUGUGUGAUGUCCUUCCCUUGGUCAUAAACAACAUGGACAUGCGCUUGCCUGCCAGUCUUAUGCAGAAGUACAUGCUGAAAGCAGCUGAAUUCUACAUUGGCUAUGUCACCCGUGGACCCUCACCUGAUGGGCAGAUACAGGGAUCCCAAGAGGGCGGUUCCCUGAAGUCACCCACUGUGUCUCGUGGGUCCCAAAGAUACGUGAUUGACGGCUUGUCGGAAAAGUCGUCAGUUGUAGGAGAACCUUGGGAGAGGCUGUUAGAUAUCCUCGCUGUGGUUGGAGCACGCUGCGAGUGGCAGGGAGACAAGGGACAGAGGAGUUAUGUUGACAUGCUGCAGAGAGUGAAGGAGCUUUGUCGCUACCUGCCUGGUCUCGAAGGAGACACAAGAUCCCGCUGCUGCAGUCAGGUGGUCAUCUGUACAGCUCUUGUCCUCUUCCGGAGCGCCUUCCUCUACGUAUCGGCUAUACAGCCUGCAUUGUUCCAGGGUGUAAACGCGUUGAGUUUGGGGCCGUGGAUUCUUUUGGAGGAUCUUAGUUUGGUGUAUAAUGAUUUGGAGGUGGAGAGGGGAGCAGCCAAACAUGCUCAUAAGAAACGCAAAUUGGCCGAUGGACGAGAGAAAGCAAUGAGCUCAGAUGACGAGGAAGGGUUGGGAAAAGGUCGCGGCCGACACAUUUUAGUGAACAAGACUGAGAUGCCAAGCUGGUCAGAGACUCUUGACAGCUUCCGCACUGCGAGGGAAAGCUGGGACCUUCUUCACUCGCACGAUGGCUUGGAAACAGAGUUCAAAAAGAUCUGUGGCUCCUGGAAGACGGACAGCUGGCUGUGGCUCAGAAUAUUCCUCACAGACAUGAUCAUAUACCAGGGACAGUACCGUAAGGCCCUCUCCAGCCUGCAUCAGAUGGCUGCAGUUCAGCAGCCUCAGCCUGGGCAGCAGAGCCCCUUGGGUCAGGCUAGUCUGGAGCACCACAGGGCUCUCAUACAGCAGGCCUCCUGCCAUUAUGCACUGGGAGAGCACAGGAUGGCCUGUGAGAAACUGCUCGAUGUGGUCAGUGGAAUAGUGCCUCCGAGCCAAGAACCAACAAAAACCCAAGAUGAUCAGAGUAGAGUCAAAACCAAAUCAAGGAAAGGUAAUGACCUGAGGUUGUUGCCCUGCACCAGCAAAGCUGUGUUACCUUUCUGCCUCCAGCUGAUGCUGGCCUGUUUCAAGCUUCGUGCCUUCACAGACAGUCGUGAUGAUCUGUCCCUCGGUCAUGUCGUGGUGCUCUUGCAGCACAACUGGCCUCAGGGCGAGAUGUUGUUCUUAAAGGCAGUGGAUAAGAUCUGUCAGCAAGGCAGCUUCCAGUAUGAGAAUUUCUUCAACUAUGUCACCAACAUCGAUAUGCUGGAGGAAUUUGCGUACCUACGUACUCCAGAAGGAGGGAGGAUUCAGCUGGAGCUGCUGCCCAAUCAGGGAAUGCUCAUCAAGAACCCUAGUCCCGCCCUGGGGGUGGAGUUAAAUACCCUUCUGCUACAAGGGGUGCAGACCAUGGACAGGUACCCCAGGCCCCUCCUCCCACAGUCCCAUCCCUCCUCCCUCCUCCCUCCCCCCACACCAGUCACCCUUUCUUCAUUCCCUACUUCAAGGCUUGUCAUCCCCCUGGUUUUGAUUUGGGCCUGUCAUUUUACAUCAAGAACAUCACACAGUGACUCGUGGAAUCACCAAAGGAGUGAAGGAAGAUUUCCGUCUGGCCAUGGAGAGACAGGUGUCGCGCUGUGGAGAGAAUCUGUUUAGUGUGCUUCACCGUUUCUGCAUCAACGAGAAAAUCAUCAUCAUCCAGUCACUGCCUUGAUGCUUGCCCUGUGACCUUUGAACUCUUACAUAAAUGAUAUUCUAGAUAUGGUUUGAAUACAGCUAAACUGACUUCAUGAGGCUAAUGGUGACUUUUCAACACAGGACACAUUUCCAUCUCUCAUCUUCACCAUCCUACACUUAUGUAAAAGAAGUCUCAAUGCCUUAAAAGAGUUCAUAUCUCUUUUGAAAGAAUCGAGAAGAAUACUCUUACAGUUUUACUGUAUGUGUUUUUGUCUUCACCAGAACAGGUGCUAAACCUCAUUUGGAGUGGUUUAACCAUAUUGCGACAUUAUGUCUGACUCUGUGUUGACAAAAAAAACCCGUUCAUUUUUUACUUUGUUCAGUAGAGUUUAUUGUUUUUGUUACACACUUGAAAAAUGUAUUAGUUUAUUUACAUGUUUGAAUUAAAUUCCCACUCAGUGAUUUACAA